CAUGCACAAAUUCUAAAUUCUGGACACUCUGUGUUUUCGAUAAACCAAAUUUGUAUAGUUUCCACUAGUAAGUCAGCCGACUUACUUGUUCUUCUUCGAGCAGCCAGAUGGCAGGAAUUGUUUUCGGCGGAGUUGCGGCCUGUCGCCGAACAUCCAGUUGCCUCAAGCUGCUGCGCGUCUUCCACCGCCAACUCGGUCGCCAAACGUCCUUGGGGCCUCUACACCAGGGAAGACGCCGGCACAUCAGCUCGUCGGAAUCGGGGGAGUCCGGCGAAAAGAAUGCACCGGUCCAGGGAUUAGAGGGACAAACCGAAGGUCCUGCCAAGGGACCUGGUGGCUUGGAGACGACAGCAGCCCCGCCCGAUCCGCCGACGGUUCCGGGAGAGCGACGACCAGAUUCGCCCAACGAGUUCAGGCCCGAGGUCCUGCCAAUCCAGGACGAUCCCAACCGCUCGAAGCCGCUACCACCGGCGGAGGUCAAGCCGCCAAAUCCGCACACUAUUGUCUGCACCUCUGAUCACAGUGAUUUAUCGGGUUUAACAAAAAACGAUUUGGGACAGAACCAGAAUUCCGGAAGCAAGGUGGAUGAGUCUCCAGUUAAGAUUCUGGAAUCGAAAGUUUUUGAAUUAAACCCAGAGGGACGAACUCCGACAGUUUUUGAACUCACUAAUGAUCCAAACCAUUCUACUCCCAAGCCCACCCAACCAAACGAUGAGUCUCAAUUAAACAACCUCAUGGCGAUGGAAUCCGAGCUGUCGUCCCUGGCAACGUCCCUUUUUAAUUUAAUGGAUCAACCUUAUAAUAAACCCUUGUCUUCAACCACAGCUGAGCUUAACUCAAAGGACUCCAGCACGAAGGAUUCAGAUUCUGGCAAAAAUUCUAUGGGCGUAACGAAAUCAACGGAGGUACUGCCACAUCAAACCACUUUUCCUGCUCCUAAUGAGACAAAGCCUCAAGAUAUAUCUCAACAGGCGGCAAAAGAUAAAUCCCUAUCUCAAACCUCCAAGUCGCAAUCUCCAACUGAAGCUAAGGACAAAAGGUCUACAGAUAAGCAAAACAAUAAGAAUGUUAAGGCCCAACCAGCUAAAAUCCCGCUAGAUAGACAAAAUUCUGAGAAUAAAACCAUUGACAAGGAAAAUCAGAAUUCCAGUUACAAAAUGCCUAGAGAGAAAAAGACUUAUAAGAAGAAAGCCCAAGGAAACCAACCAGGUAAUCUCAUAUACAACAGUGAACAAUUCAACCAGUUAUUAGAAAAAGCUCGAGAAAAAAGGACUGAAAAUGUCGAGGCUGUCCAGGAGAGUGAUGCUAUUAAGGAAAUGGUCCAGAAGUGGGCAGAAGACUUCAAGUUGGCAAAUAAAAAAAAUGCCGCUCCCCUUGAAAAGAAAAACCCAGAACCAAUUAUGACCCCCUCAGAGGUUAAAAAAAAGCCUUUCUUUAAAAAUAGUACUUUGGACAAGAAGAACGAUAAAUGGGUUCCGAAAGACACAUUACCUUUGGAGAGCAAUUCCUUCCCCUCAAUUCAGAAUGCCGGCACAACAAAUACCCCCAAUAUCAGCCCUCCAUUGUCAUUGCCACUGAAAAUCGUGCCCGAGCAGGAAGCUCCAACAGAGUUUAAGCAGGUGUUUAAGUCCGUACCCUUAUCCGAAGUAAAAUCAGAUAGAGAUGCUCCUAUUACCGCGAUCAGUAAUGCUACAAAAGUCACCGAAUUUAUUCUUAAUCAGCUUCCAGCGACUAGUAAUUCGAAUUCUGAUGUUUUGGGAUCCUCAAUGGGCGAUUCCAAGAACUCAAAUGUAGUCAUCGGGACUCAAACCCUAGAAACAGUUGCUGUUAGUAAAAACGAAUCUAAAGGUCAGUCCACAGAGGAAAUAGUGGCAAUGUUCGAGGAAGAAGGUGAGCAAACUAAGAACGAGGAAUUAUUCGACACACUUGAAAAAUUCAAUGAAAGUCCGGAUAAUUGGUGGACCCUACCAGAGCUCUCUACAGCCACUAAAAACAGCCAAGCGGAUGUUUUGUCCGUUCUUUCGACCGGACCCAAUAAGAAGGAAGGUAACGCCAUCACUGGAACAGGAAAACUUGCUGAAACUGCCUCGGGAGUCAACGUUGAUGAUCACUUCAAAAAACUUGGCAACUUAGACUCUAAUAUUCGAGAGGAGGAAGCAGCCCCCAUCAAAAAAGAGGAAGACGAUCACGGCGAUGACUAUUUCGCAAAUCUUGCUGCCCUGGAUUCCCUCAUUGAAGAGCAAAUGAGUGAUAAUCCAAUAAACAGUACAGCGUCUGAAAAAGGCAAAAAAGAUGAGGAUGAAAGCAACAUUGAUCAGGGAAGUUUUGAUCUGGCCCAGAAAAUUUCGUCGUUCGUAAAAUCUGCAGAAGAAAGUGCCAAAAGAACAGAUGCCACCCAAAAUGUUGCCGCACAUGUAUCAAACAAGGUUGAAUCGAAGAACAAACGCAAAUCGGAAACUACUUCGGAGCUAACACCAAGCGAUCUCUAUGACCCAAUAACACAUGAGAUCUCCUCGAACGCCCCAGUGGAGUCGGGUAAAGCCGAACUUGAAGAAACCGACGAGUCCAACCCGAGUCUGGAGGCUCCAGAGAUCAAGUCGGAAAAGAAAGAAACAAAAGUUAAGGCACCCAAGGCAAUGGAUGAAACGAAGACCAAGGUGGAAGAAAAGGUUCUAGUGCAGGAAAAUCGAGAGAGACCGAAGUUGGAUGAAGGAGAGCUGUCCCUAAAAUUGCUGGACAAAACUACGGGGGAGAUUCCAGCGGCGCCAACCCCUCCAGCCGAGAAGGGACUCCUUCAACACCUUUUCGACAAGAUCCUCGGAAGGGGCAAGAAAGACGAGACCAAGGACAACAAGGGCAAGCGUAAAAUGUCCUCUUAUUCGGGUCGACGUUACUUGAGCACCAGCUCCAGUAGUAAUUGCCAAUUAACGAGGUCCUUGAGUUGGCAUACGACUCUCGUCGGGGAAGGAUCCAACCAACUAAUAACCGAAUAUCAAGAGGUGAAACCAGAUAAUGUCUCUAAAGAUGAAUCUCCUGAGACUAUACACCUGCAACAGGUGGUAUCAUCAUUUGAGCUCUUCGCCAAGAAAAAAAAUGAUGAUACCGAGAUAAAAGGGGGCUCGCCUGAGUGCUAUUCACCCAAAAAGACUCCCCGUGAACUUCUCAAGGAAAAGCAGAAGAGCAGGAAGAUCAAAAUCCUUGGUGGAUCUCAGGAGUGUGACAAAAAAAUGGAAGUCCUCAAGAAGCUCGAAAAGGAACAUGACGACGACGACGACGACGACGACGACGGUUGCGGUUGCGGCAAGUAAAACCUCCCAAGCAGCCUACCGAGGUUUUGCCGUCAGAUUUGUUUUCUUUAAUUCCAGAUGCGGCGAGCAACUCAAACAAAGUGAAAUGAUCAGACAAAUAAAAUGAUGGCACACGGAUAAGUUUAUCUGAAUCCAGAUGGAAUGAAGGUCCCAUUGAAGCUGCAUCUUCUUAAAGAGGUCGUUCUGGAUUCUUUUGGAGCUUAAAAUAGCACAAAAUCUGGCUGUAUCGGAGAAAUUAUAUUUACACUGUAAUUGCUUUUUAAGCAAAUGAACCGUUCGGCUUACUUAUAAUAUGUUAUUUUUCCGUAAUAAAAUUAUUUACAAAUUUUAA